UUGGUGUAUAUAUAUAUAUAUAUAUGUAUAUAUAUAUAUACACACACAUACUAUAUUGCCAAAAGUAUUGGGACACACCCAUUCAAAUCAUUGGUUACAGCUGUUCUAAUCACCUCCAUGGCCAUAGGCAUGCAGACUGCUUCUACAAGCAUUUGUGAAAGAAUGGGUCACUCUCAGGAGCUCAGUGAAUUCAAGCGGGCUACCGUGAUAGGUUGCCACAUGUGCAAUAAGUCUAUCCAUGAAAUUUCCUUGCUACUAAAUAUUUCACGGUCAACUUUUAGUGAUAUUAUAACAAAGCUGAAGCAACUGGGAACAACAGCAACUCAGCCACAAAGUGGUAGGCCACAUAAAAUGACAGAGCGGGGCCAGCGCAUGCUGAAGCACCCAAUGUGCAGAAGUUGCCAACUGUCUGCAGAGUCAAUAGCUAAAGACCUCCAAACUUCCUGUGGCCUUCAGAUUAGCACACAAAGAGAGAGAGCUUCAUGUAAUGGGUUUCCAUGGCUGAACAGCUGCAUCCAAGUCUUACAUCACCAAGUACAAUGCAAAGAGUCAUAUGCAGUGGCGUAAAGCUCGCCACCACUGGACUCUAGAGCAGCAGAGAUGUGUUCUCUGGAGUGAUGAAUCAUGCUUCUCUAUCUGGCAAUCUGAUGGAUGUGUUUGGGUUUGGCGGUUGUUGGAGAAUGGAACUUGCCAGGCUGCAUUGUGCCAAGUGUAAAG